AUGGCCUCAAGGUUGGUGCUGGUCAUUGGUGACCUCUUUGUUCCAGAUCGGGCACCGGAGAUUCCAGCCAAGUUCCGCAAGCUUCUCGCGCCGGGAAAGAUCGGCCAAGUGGUGUGCUUAGGCAACAUCACAGACAAAGAGACAUAUGAUUUUCUCCGCCAGACAGCGCCAGAUCUACACAUUGUCAAGGGUGACUUCGAUACAGAGGCGUCGAGUCUAGCACUGUCAAAAGUGGUCCAACAUGGAGGACUCCGUAUCGGUUUCACACAUGGCCACACCGUAGUACCGUCUGGCGAUGCCGACGCCCUGCUGAUCGCAGCUCGGCAAAUGGAUGUCGAUGUUCUGCUAUGGGGAGGCACCCACAAGUUCGAAGCGUAUGAACUGGAAGGGAAAUUCUUCGUCAAUCCAGGUAGCGCGACAGGCGCAUUCAGCACGAGCUGGUUAGCCAUCGACGAGGAGCCGAUCCCAAGCUUCUGCUUGAUGGACAUACAAGGAGAUGUCUUGGUAUUGUACGUCUACCAGCUGCGAAAGGAUGAAAACGGAAACGAGAACGUCGCAGUAGAGAAAGUGUCUUUCAGAAAGCCUGCGCCGGUCGAAUCAUAA